GCAGUGCGUGAGGCGAUGCGUGGGACGCCAACGCAUCCAACCGGGCUGAGGAGGAGGCGGUUAACGAGCAGCGCAGACAACCCCUGUCCACGAAGCGCACGCAGGUUUUCAAAAACAGGAGAAAGCAUGAAGAGCAGCGAGGCUUUGAGGGGUACAUUUUUAACUGCAGAGGACUGAGUGAAGCCGCAGCAUGGCGGGGGGGCGGAGGGGACUUGUGGCCCCCCAGAAUACUUUUUUGGAGAAUAUUGUCAGACGGUCGAACGAUACCAACUUUGUCCUGGGUAACGCUCAGAUAGUGGACUGGCCAAUCGUCUACAGCAACGAUGGCUUCUGCAAGUUGUCGGGGUACCACAGGGCGGAGGUGAUGCAGAAAAGCAGCACCUGCAGCUUUAUGUAUGGGGAGCUCACUGACAAGGACACGACGGAAAAAGUCCGACUAACGUUCGAGAAUUAUGAGAUGAACUCAUUUGAAAUCCUGAUGUACAAGAAGAACAGGAUGCCGGUUUGGUUUUUUGUGAAGAUUGCUCCCAUUCGAAAUGAACAAGAAAAAGUGGUUCUGUUCCUGUGUACAUUCAGCGAUAUCACAGCCUUUAAACAGCCCAUUGAGGAUGAUUCUUCCAAAGGUUGGGGGAAGUUUGCCCGACUGACUCGAGCUCUAACAAGCAGCAGGGGAGUCUUACAGCAGCUACAACCUACAGUUCAUAAAGGAGAGAAUGUCCAUAAGCACUCCCGUCUAGCUGAGGUGCUGCAGCUUGGCUCUGACAUCCUACCUCAGUAUAAACAGGAGACCCCCAAAACACCUCCUCACAUCAUCCUGCACUACUGCCUCUUCAAGACCACAUGGGACUGGGUCAUCCUCAUCCUCACUUUUUACACCGCCAUCAUGGUGCCCUACAACGUCUCCUUCAAGACAAAGCAAAACAACGUGACCUGGCUGGUGGUGGACAGCAUCGUGGACGUCAUCUUCUUGGUGGAUAUCGUUUUAAACUUUCACACCACAUUCGUGGGCCCCGCUGGCGAGGUCAUCUCAGACCCCAAGCUAAUCCGCAUGAACUACCUGAAAACCUGGUUUGUUAUCGACCUGCUCUCCUGCCUGCCCUAUGAUGUCAUCAACGCCUUUGAGAACGUAGAUGAGAAUUGGAACCACCGAGCUGUCACCCAAGGGAUCAGCAGUCUGUUCAGCUCUCUUAAAGUAGUCCGGCUUCUCCGUUUGGGUCGGGUCGCCCGUAAACUGGACCACUACAUCGAGUACGGGGCGGCCGUUCUGGUGCUGCUGGUCUGUGUUUUUGGGCUGGCGGCACACUGGCUGGCCUGCAUCUGGUACAGCAUUGGAGACUACGAGGUGAUUGAUGAAGAAACCAAUGUUGUCCGCAUGGACAGCUGGCUCUAUAUCCUGGCUGAGACAAUGGGCAGGCCCUACCGCUUCAACACCAGCGGUUCAGGGAAGUGGGAGGGCGGUCCGAACAAGGACUCCGUCUACAUCACCUCCCUGUAUUUCACCAUGACCAGCCUGACAAGCAUCGGCUUCGGCAACAUUGCUCCGACGACAGACGGGGAGAAAAUCUUCGCUGUGGCCAUGAUGAUGAUUGGAUCCCUUCUUUAUGCCACCAUCUUUGGUAACGUGACAACCAUCUUCCAGCAGAUGUAUGCCAACACUAAUCGUUACCACGAGAUGCUCAACAGUGUUCGGGACUUCCUUAAACUCUAUCAGGUCCCCAAAGGCUUGAGUGAAAGAGUUAUGGACUAUAUCGCCUCCACCUGGUCUAUGUCACGGGGUAUAGACACUGAAAAGGUGUUGCAGAUUUGUCCAAAGGACAUGAGAGCAGAUAUUUGUGUUCAUCUCAACCGAAAGGUUUUCAAAGAGCAUCCAGCUUUCCGACUGGCCAGCGACGGGUGUCUUAGGGCUCUGGCUAUGGAGUUUCAGACGAUCCACUGCGCUCCUGGUGACUUGAUCUACCACGCUGGUGAAAGUGUCGACAGCCUCUGUUUUGUGGUGUCUGGAUCCUUAGAAGUCAUUCAGGAUGAUGAGGUGGUGGCUAUUUUAGGUAAGGGAGAUGUAUUUGGGGAUGUUUUCUGGAAGGAGGUGACUCUGGCUCAGGCCUGCGCAAACGUCAGAGCGCUGACCUACUGCGACCUUCACGUCAUUAAACGUGACGCUCUGCAGAAGGUCCUGGAGUUCUACACAGCGUUCGCCAACCACUUCUCCAGAAACCUGCUGCUCACUUACAACCUGAGAAAGAGGAUUGUCUUCCGGAAGAUUAGUGAUGUGAAACGGGAGGAGGAGGAGCGACAAAGACGGAAAAAUGAAGCCCCUCUGAACCUGCCCCCAGAUCACCCAGUGAGAAAACUCUUCCAGCGCUUUCGACAGCAGAAGGAAGCCCGCAUGGCAACCCAGAAACAGGAACUCAGCGAACAAGAUGUUGAGAAGGGUCCAGUCUAUGUGGACGUAUCAAUGGCCAAAGCACCUGUUAUGACUACCAGCAUAGUCACGGUAACAGAAAGCCCAGCAACACCCUCCUCCUCGGUCCCUUCACCUUCAACGCCAACCAACUGCACCUCAACAGACAAGGCAAAGCUGCAGGUGCCUUCGCCAGUUUCUUUGGCAGCAUGCCGACCUGCUGAGCCGGUCAAGGUCAAAGGCUGGGGCCGCUUCAAGGAAUCCAUGGCCAAAGCUGAUAACUGGAACAAGGUGGCUAAAGCCGAAUCCAUGGAGACUUUACCUGAGCGGACCACUGAGCACGAGCCGCACACGACUCUGAAGAAGACGGACUCAUGUGACAGCGGGAUCACCAAAAGUGACCUACGCCUGGACAAAGUGGGCGAGUUCCGCAUGACUCCUCAGGACCGCAGUCCUGCCCAGCCUCCGGAAACCAGGCAUGCCUUUUACCCCAUCCCAGAGCAGACUCUUCAGGCCUCACUUCAGGAGCUCAAGCUGGAGCUGAAGGAGGACAUCAAGAACCUGAGUGUCCGAAUGUCGGGCCUGGAGGCGCAACUUGCCGAAGCACUUAAACUCCUCAGAGCCAGGAAAUCAAGUACUGGCUCCGAGCUGCCGCUUUUUGACAUUUCAAGGCCCACUUCACCAGAACUGGACAAAGAGGACAUUUUUUCAUGAGGGAAGGAAGUCUCAUCAGGCAAUGGUGAUCAAUGAGGUCAGCUGGAAUCCAGUAAUGUUGAGAUUGCUUGGAUAGCUGAGUCAGUGCAAGGCACACCGUCUGUAUUAGGCGUCACCGUGGUGUGGGAGAGCCACUGACCUAUAAAAUAAGGUGUGCCUGCUGGUUAACGAGAGACUGUCAAAGAUUACAGUGUCGUAGCACUGAAAGCUUGAAGGUUCCAUAACAAAUGACAGAAAAAGUUUGUACAUAAUUUAUUUUUCCACUGUACCAUGUUGGAAAAAUAAUGCGCUUAGUUUUUAAUUUAUCCCAGCCGCAGAAUUUACUGCAGAAUUGUAACAGUUGGGAAGCCCCAAUGGAGGCAGCAUGACCCGAUGGUUUGUUAUCGAAUCACUCGUAUGAAACUCUUUGCAUGUCAUAAAAAUAGAUGUGUACCUCUUAUUGCAAGCAGGGGUCAUAUUUGAUUAAUUGCGGCUGUACAGCAAGUCAUUUGCAUUAUUUCAGCGAGAAAGAGCAGCUUCUAUCCAGAUGUCGAAACAAACUCACUGUAAUUUUCUCAGACACAGCUCUUAUUAAAAUCUGCCAGGAUCAUUAUGAAUUAUACAACAGAUAACUCUGGCCGGGCAAUCUGAUUUCCCAAAAAAAAAAAAAAAAAACAUGCUUGAAUAGAGCUUACAAUGUCAUUUACAUGAAGCACUAAUGGAUGUGCUAGAUAGAAAAUGAAUUUAAAUGCUAACUCUUGAGCCUGCAGUGAAGAAGCUAUCCAUCUUUGCUGUAGUCUAGCAUUUGUUAAUCUCAUCUGGGAACGCUGCAGCCAUAUACAUGAUGCACUGUUGUGUGAAAGUUAUGCAUUCCUACCAUUGAGAAUGCGUUCAGUAAUUUGAUAAUGCAAACUGCAACAUUUGUUGAGCCACGGCCCCUUACCUUCUUUUGGAAAUCCAUUGAGCAUAGUAAGGAAUGCUCAUUGGUACAAUGUUUCUAAAAUAAUAUGUGGUAAUAUGUAUUUAUCCAAACGGAGGCUUACAUAAAGUUGCAUAAAACUGCUAGGUAAUCUGGAUCUGAUAAUAGUAACCCCCUUCCACAUAGUUUCACAGUUUAACCCUGCUGCUGCAACGCAUGAUGCAUUGUUUCUUUUUUUUCACCUCAGCUAGUUUUGCAUGAUUCUUGUUUUUAUUUAAAAAAUCCUUAUUGAUGACAUCUUGUUGCAGCCCAAUUUUUAAAACUUUCCUAUGACUGGGUAAAAACAAACUUACAUGUCACUUUUUUUGUUGGAUGUAACCUCUUAUAAUGUAAGCUGACGUCAGUUUCUCAUGAAACUAAAGAAAAUUGGUUAUUUCACUCAGAAGUAUGUUUACCAUUCGGAUAACUAGAGGCAAAGCCUUCAGUUUGGUAUUUUUGAGCAUACUAGCUCCGGAUCAGUGUUUAAAAUGCAGACACAAACAGCUUAAAUGAAAAUAAAACUCACAGACAUCUACUUUUAAAAAGUAGAUUUUAAAAGGGAGAGAUUACAUACAGAAUAAAAUAGACACAUAGCUGUUUUCUUCCUCACUGUUUGACAUUAGCGUAAACGUAUCCUGUUUUAAGUUAGUUAGGAUCAUCAGAAUUAUGUUGGUUUGCUGAGAGCCAGAAUAAUGAGAGAUUAUGUUUUAGAUUUUAUUUGAUCUUUUCACAAAUAUAUACUCAGGACUGAACCAGGCUUAUGGAGGUCUGAUCUCAUGAUGUCGUAGAAGAAAGCAAUGUGAUUGAGGUGUUGUCUUAAAAUACGUCUUCGGCUGUACCUCCAUUUAAUUUAAUAGUUGUCAUUUAACCUAUCAGAAGCUUCCAAAACCAUGACAUCAUCGUCUAGGUUUUCCUAAAUUGUUGACAUAAUAAACUUAGUUCAUAUACUGUAUUUAUACAUUUGAAAUUGAAGAAAAUAAUUUUUAAAACUUCCGUCAUUAUUCUAGCAUUUAUCAAAUAGAAAUAAUUUUGGUAAUCCUAACAGAUCUGAAGCUGGAAAAGUUUAGUUUGAUUUAAUGUCCGAUAGUGAGAAGAAAAUGUUUUAAUGAAUCAUAUUAUGUAGAUUAAUCACAGACAGACUGGUGUUUUAAAGCCUUAAUUUGUGGUAAUUAUAAUGAUUUUCUGCUUACAGCUAAUGAAAACAUACAAAUAAAAAAAUAAAAAACGUUUUAAUACAGAAAUGUGGGUUUAAUGAAAAUGUUAUUUUCCAAAGGUGACAGAUAAGCCUCAUUGGAGUAUUCAUUAAAUAACUAUAGUUACAUUGUAAAUAUGAUAAAUCUAAAACCAAACGAAAGCAAAAAUAAGAUGUAGUUCAGUUUAGAGAAAAAUCUUCAUCAAAUAUAAAAUAAUUGAGAGCCAAGGAGUGUUAAAUAUAACAUGUUUAGUCUUCCAGGGAAAUUAAUGAUCAAAACCUUUACUCAUAGCACUUUACAAAUUGACAAAUGGAGGAGUGUCAAUGUUUUAAUUAGCAAAUUUGUUGAAUUGUUAAACAUUCCUGCCAUUUUUGCCACAUAAUAAAAUCCUAAAUAAAUGGACUGUAGUCAAUGGCAGAACUGUAAUAUGUUACACACUCAUAAAAACUAAUUUUGAGUUGGUUUGUAAUGUACGUUUUGCUAAAUUCAACAUUAGUUUACUGGUAAAGUAUUCUUCUGUGACUAAAAUAAUGACUACUCUGUAAUACUUAUUGUCCAGAAGGAUAUUUAAUUUUUCCGGCAUGUUUUUUUUCCCCCCCCUUAUUUUAACGAGGCACACGGUCAGCUGAAAUGGACACAGCGGAGUGGAAAAACAUCCUGAGGUUCCGUUGCAUCCAUUUACAUUAAAUAUUCAGCUCUCAUAAAUAAACGGGCAUGUCAUCACAGAAGUGAGAACGUCUUGGGUUUGGCGCCUGGAUUUUUGCGGCUGUUUCUGCUUCUACGAGCGAUUCAGUUGCUAGGUAGAGGUAGAAAACGCACAGGCGUCUUCUUGCGAUCCCCUACGCUCAGACCACGGAUGAGUAAUAAAGAUGUUGAUCAUGUGUAAAGAGUUCACAAAUCAAAGGUUGAGAAAAAGAGGUCAGACAGCAUCGCAGUGGAAUUUAGACACUUUGGUGAGGAAAAUAAUUUUGUAGAAGAAAACCAUAAUGUGAUCAAAGCAGCAAUAUCAUUUCUAACAUAUCCUUAACCCUUCAGUGACGUUAUGGCAUACAUAUAUAACACAAGCUUCAUCUGGUUAACAUACACUUCAUGAUAGAUUUGACGGAUUUCAUUUAAUAAAUUGUUGUGCUGUAAAAGCCACUGCAGGAUGUCUGAUGUUUAAGAGGUUGCCAUUUUAUUUUGGAUGAUCAAAUAAUAACUUUAGCUGAGAAAUCUACUAACGUUUUUUAAAAUAAUACAUAAAUAACACAUAAUAAGAAUAAUAAUAACAAACAUUUAGAACCCAAUGUAUUUUAUUGUUUUUCUAUGUGAUAGACCAACAAUAAGUAGUGCAAAAAUUGUAAAGUGGAAGGAAAAUGAUGCAUGUUUUCUUUUCCACAAAUAAAAAUGUGGUAAUGACAAAUCAUAACCCACCCACCCACCAAAGCCCAUGGCCAUACUUUGGCUGAACCUCCUGCUUCUCUUUUGGGGUAUUUCUCGACCAGCUUUGCACAUCUUAAGACAAAGAUUGUUGUCUUUGCAAGAUAACUGAAGAUCAGUUGGAUUGGGUGGAGAACACCCAGUGUGUUCCCUCAUCUGAACUGGAUGUAGGUCUGUACUUUAAAUGGGCCAUUCUUACAUAUGAAUUUUGAUCUUAAGCAAUUUCAAUUACAGCUUUGGCCGUAUGCUUAGGGUGGUUUUCCUGCCCUUCAAGUGUUUUGUAGCCUCUAAAUGUUUUUCUUCUGGGAUUAUGCGGCAUUUAACUCCAUCCAACUUCUCAUAAACUCUGACCAGCUGCCCUGGCCCUGCUGAAGAAAAACCUCUCUGCCUCAUGAUGCUCCCAUCGCCAAGUUUCACCAAGGGGAUAGUGUGUUCAGGGUGAUGUGCAGUGUUAGUUUUUUGAAUAUAAGACAGAAGGUUAACAUUUCUGUCAUAUCUGACCAGAGCACCUUGUUCCACAUGCAUGGUUUAUAGCAAGCUGCAAACAGUUCUUGUUGCUUUAUUUUAAAAAAAAUUAUUUUUUCUUUACUAUUCCUCCAUAAAGGCCAAAUUUGUGUUGUGCAUGAUCAAUAGUUGCCAAAUGAACAGACUCUCCCAUCUGAGUUGUGGAUCUCUGCAGAGUUACCAUGGGUGUCUUGGGUGCUUCUCUGAAUAAUGCUCUCCUUACCCGGCCUGUGAGUUUAGGUUGAACAGUUAUGUCUCGUUAGGUUAGCAGCUGUGCCAUAAUCUUUCAGUUUUCAUAUACUGAAUUGAACAACAGUCUUUUAGAUGUUCAAAGCCUGGAUUACUGUUUUAUAACGUAACCACACUUUCAACCUUUCCAUAACUUAAAUGUGAAAACAAUGCAUCAUUUUCCCACCGCUUCACCGCUAUGCACUACUUUGUUUUGCUCUGUCAAAUAAAACCUCAAUAAAACAGGGAGGUUUGUGUUUUACAACUUGGCAAAAUGCGAACAAGUUCUCGGGGUAUGAACAUUUUUGCGAGGGAUUGUAUGCAUUGGGAUUUCGAGCAAUGAGAAAACGCAGCACUUGUUCAUCAAAAACAGAGAAAAAAACUGUUCAGAGACCUCUGCAAAGAAGUAAGGCAUUACAUGUUGCUUGUUUCAGUAUAAUAGCUGAAAUAAGGUCAGUUUGUUUGUAAAAAUGGACUUCUUAUGAAAAUGGCCCCCAAAGAGAGCCGCAAUUCUUCACUCUGACUUAUUUUACUAUGCAACACUCCAGAAUAACAACCCUGAACAUAGCCAGGUUAUUAUUUCCACUCUGCUUCCAGUCAAUGUGAUGAGCUCUGGCAUUGGAAUUCCAGGACUAAAUCUUUCAAAUUGGUCCUGAUUUUUCACUUUUCCAUCCAUCAAAAGGACCUUUUUCUUUAAAAAUCUGUUCUCAAACUAAGAUGGCAUGAUUUCAUUGCGCAUGUAAAAUGGUUUUAAUGGUGGUAAAAGCUAUUGUAAAAGACAAUUUCGUAACGUUGGAUUUUUAUUUGUGUGGAUUUUGAGUGUCAGAAUGACAGCUUUAAGAUGAAACUUCAAGUCAUGGGGUUGAAACUGUAUAUCUUUGAAUGUUAGAACUUGAAAUGAAAACAUAAACUUUUAUGAAUAUUCCUACAGAGGUGAUAUUUGCCUCUUUUCUGUCCUGAUGCAGCUGAGAGCAUAUUUAUUUUUUACAACAGAUGUUUUCUUGUACUUUUCUUGCAAAUGAAUUAAUGAAUGCUAUUCUUUCGAGUUGUUUUGUUUCACCACUGACACAGAUGAAUGAAAUGGUCAGAAUUUGUAAACCUUAUCUUAUAUUAACACUUUGAAUAUGUAUUUUCAUGUUAUGUUAAUAGAACAUUUUCAACAAAUUUGGUUUUGUUAAACUCUAAUUAAAAUCACAUUGGUUUGAUUGUAAAAUGAGCAUUUGUUUUAGCUACGGUCACAUUGCGUUUAUGUUUGGUGGCGGUCCAAAAGCCCAGAAAUGGCUUAUGGAGGAAACCCUCACUUACACUCUUGUUUUUAAGGCCAUAAAUAUUUUACAAUUCAGAUCCUUGAAAGCAAUAUGUAGCUCUGCGCUUUAACAUUUAGAAAUACCUUGUGACAAAAAUGCUUAAACUACUGCACUAACUCAUCUCAUCGAACCCUCAUGUUACUGGACUCGUUACCUUGGAGAAGCAUGCGAACUCGUGCCUUUGUAUAAAAUGUCCCCCGUAACUCCUUUUCCAGCCUGCAGAGUAAGAGCAGUGCUCAUGAUCCAAAUUACUGUCGCUCCACUGAAAUGAUUUGAACAAAGAUCUAUUUUUGUGGUCAGCUCUAGAAAGCUGCCUAAAAGAAAAAAGAAAUAAGAUAUGGAUAUAAACAUAUGCACAAGUUAUAAAGCAAUGGUAGGAUUCUAUUUAAAGAGCAAAGUUUGAAUUUGGUGUAUGUAUUAUGCACAUGCCUCUGUGUUAACACAUCCUAUGUUGGGAAAUGUACUAUUUCAAGCACAAUGGAAACUCUUUGUUAUAAAAUGUGACAUACUGUGCUAUUGAUAAUAAAUAUUUUAUAUAUACUGCA